AUGAGUUGCGUGGGUGUGUCUAUUAGGCUAGGACUUGCUGUUAGACACGAACGACCAACCAAGGAAAUAACUGUUCCAGCGGUCACACUAGGUGUACCCCUUAAACAAAUAAUUGAAAUUUCCGAUAGAUCACCGUCACCAGCAAGAACUGCAUCGCUUGAUGCAAGAUGUGGAAGUCCAGGAAGUUAUACCGGAAGUUUACACAGCGGUAACGCAUCCCCAUCUCAAAGUUCUUUAUCGUCAAUGGCAACAGGUGUAAGUUCAUCUUGCGGAUGUCCUUCGAUUAGUGGAAUUCAGGGUACACCAAGGGCAAGUCGUUGUCUUUCACCACUUCUCAUUCCUCCUUCGCGUGCUUCCAUCAGCGAUGGUGGUCCAGCACCACCAGCAUCACCAUUAGGCUCACUUCAACCAGAUCUUUAUCAAAGAAGAGAUGGUCCAGUAUUUUUAAAUGCACGAAGAACAGGUAAAAGUCUCGGGAGAUUGCAUCUACGUUUGAAAUACGAUUUCGAUCGAUCGGAUCUGAAUGUUCAUCUAAUCGAAGCACACGAUUUAGCUGGCAGCGAUCAAGGUGGUUUCAAUGAUCCAUACGUCAAAUUAACACUCAGCCCUGAAGUAGAUGCACGAAAAAGGCAAACACCGAUUCAUAGAAAUGAUCCUAAUCCAUUCUUCGAUCAACACUUUAAGUUUCCGGUCGGCUUCGAAGAAUUACAAGACAAAAUCUUGGUUCUACAGGUAUUCGAUUACGAUCGUUUUUCGAGAAACGAUAUUGUCGGAUCUGUUAGAAUUGCGAUUGACAGCUUAGAAUUACCACCGACUUCAUCUGCCAUAGAAGUUUGGGGUGAGAUCGAACGCGAGAGAAAACCACCUGAAGAAAUUCAAGAAGUUCUUCUAUCACUUUCAUAUUUACCAAGCGCCGAAAGGUUAACUGUGGUUAUACUCAAAGCAAGGAAUUUAUUUCCCUCGCAGGAGAAAGAAACUUUGGAUCCUUUCGUAAAAGUUAGUCUACUUUGCGGCGAGAAAAAGAUAAAGAAGAAAAAAAAAACCGCUGUUAGAAAGGCUACGACGAGUCCUGUAUGGAACGAAGCCAUGUCCUUUAAUGUUCCUUCGAGUUCUCUCGCAACAUCCGCGAUCGAGGUAUGCGUGUUAGAUUCCAGUAGUGAACUGAUCGGUGGAAAUGCCAUAGUUGGUUCCUGUAUAGUUGGACCGGCUUCAGGAUCAACAGGAGGAUCAGAAAGUAAUCAAAGUCGAGAACAUUGGCUUCAUAUGACUCAGUCACCAAGAAAAACCAUUGCCAUGUGGCAUACACUUCAUUAGUUUUAUUUAUCAUGAUAAUAAUCUUCGUUGAAUGUUUAAUCAACAAAUUGUUGCGCAAAUAUCUUAUAAGAUAAUCGAGUGAAUAGAGAAUUCAGAGGAUCCUUGAGGGAAAAAAAAAAACAAAAAGAAAGAAACUGAUUAGAAAUAAAAUCGACUGAUUUCGUAUUCACUUUAAAAAAAAAAUCAUUUAAGCAAUUAGCUGAUGAAAAUCUGAUAUUGAUGGUAACCAAGAGAGGAAUGUGCUUAACAAGAUUCGAUAAGAAUCUAUGUGGUACCAUAAUCAAUAAUUUGUGAACGACGAAUGAAAAAAUAUGUAUCUACUAUUACUCUCUUCAUACUCGUCCUAUCUAUAAUAAUUUAGAUAAUCCCUUGCUCACUUUUGUGAUAGCCUUAGGGAAUAUCAUUGAUAUAUAAUAUAUAUAUAUAUUAAAAGCUAAGUAGUAUUAAUAAUACAUGUAAAAUUGAAAAA